GGGGGCCUCGUCGCUCCAUCGGCGACGUAUCGCCGCUUCUGGGUCGAUGUUCCCCCCCCCCCCCGAGCCGGUCCCCCCUGUCGUUGCCCCUCGCUUCUGUGGUGCUGCCCGGGGGAGUGCGGCGGAUGCCGCGGACGUCGUGGUCGUCGGCAGCGGCAUCGCCGGCCUCAGCGCCGCCGCCAUGCUGGCCACCUACGGAUUCCGCGUGGUCGUCUGCGAGGCGCACGACACCGCGGGGGGGGCCGCCCACGAGUGGCGCAGGAAGGUCCCCGGCGUGGGCACCUUCCGCUUCGACAGCGGCCCCUCGCUCUUCUCGGGCAUGAGCGCACCCUCGGCGAACCCGCUGCGCCAGGUGCUGGACUCGGUCGGGGAGUCCCCAGAGUGGCUGCCCUACGACGCGUGGCAGAUGUACCUGCCCGGCGACAAGCUCUUCCGGGUGGGGUCUGGCGAUUCCGAGGCUUUUGGCCGCGAGCUGGGCAGAGUGAGCGGCAACCCCGAGGAGGAGGCCAUCUGGCAGAGGCUGCGCGCGGCCAACGAGCCCCUCAGCGAGCUCAUCGCCGCCGUGCCGCCCAUCGCGCUGCGGGGCGACGCCGGCGCCCUGCGCACCGUGGGCCCCUAUUUGGCCCGAGUCAACCCCGCCGCAGGGCUGAAGAUGGUGAUGAGCGGCACGGACCCCUCUGGGCCCUUCUCCAACGUGCUGAGGGCGGCGGAGGUCCCCAGGGGCUCGCUCACGUACUGGUUCUUCGACUUCCUCGCCUUUGCGCUGCAGGGGCUGCCCGCGGAUGCCACCCAGGCCGCGGGCGUGUCCUUCAUGAUGCGCGAGUUCUUCGCGCCAGGGGCGGUCAUGGACUACCCGAAGGGUGGCACCGGCGCGCUGGUGGAGGCGCUGGUGCGCGCGGUGGAGCGCCGCGGCGGCGAGAUGCGGGUGAAUUCCCGGGUGGAGGAGAUCACCGUGGACGGCGCAGGGCGGUGCACCGGGGUCGUCCUCGCCGGAGGGCGCGGGCCGAUCCGCGCUGCCAAGGCGGUGCUGUGCAAUGCCGACGUUUGGACAGCGGCGGCCAAGCUGGUGCCCGAGCGCUGGCGAGGCAGGCUGGGGGGGUCCGCCCUGGACGCCGAGGAGGUGCCCCUGUGCCCCAGCUUCAUGCACCUGCACGUGGGCAUCCGUGCGGAGGGCCUCGACCUGACCGCGCUCGGUGUGCACCACAUCGUGUGCGCAGACCUGGGGGCACCCGUGGACGAGAGGGACAACCUCGUGUUCAUCUCGAUCCCGAGCGCGGUGGACGAGACCGCCGCGCCCGCCGGCUAUGCGGCGAUUCACGCGUACCUGCCUGCGACGGAGCCGUACGAGGAGUGGGCGGGGAUGGACCGCCGUUCGGAGGAGUAUCGUCGCAAGAAGCAGGAGAGGGCCGCCGCGCUCUGGCGGGCCCUGGAGCGGGUCAUACCGGACGUGCGGGACCGCGCCGUGGUGGACCUCGUCGGGACCCCGCUGACGCACGAGCGCUUCCUGAACACGCACCGGGGGACGUACGGGCCCGCCUAUCGAGCAGGCCGGCAGAGCUACCCGCCGCCGCAGACGCCGCUCGAGGGGCUGUGGUGCAUCUCGGGCCGGCUCUUUCCCGGGGAUCGGCGUCCCUGCGGUGGCCGGCAACGGCGCGGGCGUGGCCAACACCCUGGCAUCAGUGGAGGCGCACGAGCGGCUGCUUGAGCGGCUGCGCAGGGACGACCUCUUGGUGCCCGACCGCCUGUGGUCGCAGCCUGAAGGCUGAAACGCUCGCGUGUCAGCAAAAAUGUUUUGCUUAUGUCUUCGUUUGUUCCUCAAUGCCUCGUGUGCGAUCUCUGCGGCAAUGUUCGAGAGGCAUGCUCAGAAGUGAGGUCGGCGCCCUCGUCCGGAGUCUGGGCUUCUAGGCUAAUGAGUUGUAGGAUUUGUCGUUGCAAAUGUUCGAUAUUAGAUGUCAUCGUUUGUGCCGGGUCUCAUCCCCCCCUGGCCCCAUCCCCCUCCCCCUCCUCCUCCGCUUGUUUCGUUGUGUUGGCCUCUCGUCCCCCCCCCGCAAGGCAUGGAGCGCGCUCCC